CCCUUAACCUUGCGGGGCUGCCACUGCUGCCUCCUGGCUCGGCCGGGACCUGCGGAGCGCGGGUGGCCCGCGGCGGGAUCAUGUCUCUGGUGGCGGAAGCGUUUGUGACUCAGAUAGCAGUUCACAGAUUUUUAGUGACUUGCGUUUUCUCACUACAAAAGCUAUACAUUUGCAAAGGCAUAGCAUGUAAUCUCCGAGAACUCCAGGGCAGGAGGAUGAGGCGGUGUUUGUCUCCUGGCUGCAGAACCUUGGCCUGAAAAUGCUGCAUUGUAUCAGCAACUGAAGGAGGAGCAAAUUUUGCUUUCUGACAAUGCAUCUUCUCUUGCUGUUCAGGCCUUUUUGCAAAUGUGCAAUCUGCCAGUCCAGGUGGUUUGUAGAGCAAAUGCAGAAUAUAUGUCCCCAUCUGGCAAAGUACCCUUCAUUCGUGUAGGAAAUCAAGUAGUAUCUGAACUUGGCCCCAUAGUCCAGUUUGUAAAAGCCAAGGGCCAUUCACUCAGUGAUGGGUUGGAUGAAGUCCAAAAAGCUGAGAUGAAAGCCUACAUGGAAUUAGUCAAUAAUAUGCUAUUGACAGCAGAGUUGUAUCUUCAGUGGUGUGAUGAUACAACAGUAGAGGAGAUUACUCAUCCAAGGUAUGGAUUCCCUUAUCCUUGGCCUCUCAAUCGCAUUUUGGCCUAUCAGAAACAAUGGGAGGUCAGACGUAAGAUGAAAGCUAUUGGAUGGGCUGGCAAGUCACUUGAACAGGUGCUGGAAGAUGUAGAUCAGUGUUGUCAAGCUCUCUCUCAAAGACUGGGAACACAAUCAUAUUUCUUCAAUAAGCAGCCAACUGAGUUAGAUGCAUUGGUAUUUGGACAUCUGUUCACAAUUCUUACUACUCAGCUGACCAGUGAUGAACUCUCUGAAAAAGUGAAAAACUACAGCAACCUCGUGGCCUUUUGCAGGAGAAUAGAGCAACACUAUUUUGAGGAUCAUGAUAAAGACAGCUCUGCAAGUGCUGCAUCCAGAUCCUCAAAGAGUUAUCUGCCGAGUUAAAUGCUUCAUUUUGUGGUGAGGAGGCCCAGUUUCUGAAACAAAUUUUGAUUUCAUUGUUUAACAGAGGAUGAUGAUGAUGAUGAUGGCGGCUUUGGAAAUGAAAAAGUGUGUAAUAGCAGCUUCCAAAAGAGGGGUUUAAAACAUUCUGGAGCAAGGGAAGUUCAAACUGCAUUUUGUGUAUUGGAGAAUUCACUGUAUACAUGUAACAUGAAAUGAUUUUUGAGCUAUUGCCAUUUAAAUGCCAUAUAGGCUGUUAAAUAUUAAACUGAAGUGACCUUGGAACAAUAUUGUAUCUGUAUUAAAAAUAAAAAUAA